CUAAGCGCAGUUUCCCGGCCAGCAAGUGUGGUGUUUGCGCGAUAGAGACGAGGAAAGAUGGCGACGCAGGGGAGCGAGUCAACUAAACCUACAGUCAGCAACGGAGAGGUGAGCAGCAAUGGAACCGCUGCAACAACAGACGGUCAGACUGUGCAGACAGUUGAAAAUGCCCAGGAUCCUCAGCAGCAGCAGCAGCAGCAGCAGCAACAAGCACCUAAUGCCUGGCAGGUCAUCAAAGGCGUCCUCUUUAGAAUCUUCAUAAUUUGGGCAAUCAGUAGUUGGUUCCGCAGAGGGCCAUCCACUCCUGACCCCAACACACCAGCAGGGGCCCCUAGAGUACCCAGCAGGAACCUCUUUCCCAAAGACACCCUCAUGGACCUGUACGUCUAUGUGUCCCAGGAGGAGGUGUUCUCUGACUUCAACAACACAGAUGCCCUUUUCUGGUUCCACAGGGACCUGGUCUACGGAGACUGGGCCACAGGGGAGAGCGGAGAUGGCUGCUACCAGCAAUAUAAAGAGUUAGACAUCUCAGAGAAAGUUCAGCAGAACGGCUCCCUGCACAUUCAUGUCUAUUUCACUAAAAGUGGAUUCCACCCCGACCCGAAACGCAAGGGGCAAUACCGCAGACUGGCAAUAGUUCAUUCAACAAGAAUGCUCAAUAAAUUCAAACGAAGGAAGUUUCUGAAAACUAAGAAUCUGCUCACAGGAGAGACAGAAGCAGAUCCUGAGAUGAUUAAGCGGGCAGAGAGCCACGGUCCAGUGGAGAUCAUCUCCCACUGGCACCCCAACCUGACCAUUAAUAUGGUGGAUGAUCACACAGCCUGGGUGAAAGGCUCUGUCCCACCGCCUCUAGACCAAUAUGUUAAGUUCGACGCAGUAAGUGGCGACUACUACCCCAUAGUUUACUUCAAUGACUACUGGAACCUGCAGAAGGACUACUAUCCCAUCAACGAGACCCUGACCAAACUCCCACUGAGGCUCACCUACUGCCCACUGUCCCUGUGGCGCUGGCAGCUCUACGCCGCCCAGAACGCUCGCUCGCCAUGGAACUUCCUACCUGAGGACACGUACGAGCAAUCUGACGAAGACCAAGACUCAGUCAAGGUCGCCCUUUUGGAAACCAAUCCGUACCUGCUGGGACUCACUAUUGUGGUGUCUAUUGUACACAGCAUCUUUGAGUUCCUCGCAUUUAAGAAUGAUAUCCAGUUUUGGAACAGCAGACAAUCUCUUGAAGGUCUGUCUGUGCGCUCCAUCAUUUUUGGGGUGUUUCAGUCUCUUGUUGUGCUGCUGUACAUUUUGGACAACGAAACCAACUUUGUGGUGCAAGUCAGCGUCUUCAUCGGUCUUCUAAUUGAUCUGUGGAAAAUCACCAAGGUUAUGGAUGUCAGGUUGGAUCGAGAGAACAAAAUCGCAGGGAUUCUUCCAAGAUUGGUAUUCAAAGAUAAAUCAACAUAUGUGGAGUCUUCAACCAAAAUCUAUGAUGACAUGGCCUUCAGGUACUUGUCAUGGCUGCUCUAUCCUCUGUUCGGCUGCUACGCCGUCUACAGUUUAUUGUACGUAGAGCACAAAGGAUGGUACUCCUGGGUCCUCAGCAUGCUGUACGGCUUCUUGUUAACCUUUGGUUUCAUUACAAUGACGCCGCAGCUAUUCAUCAACUACAAAAUGAAGUCUGUAGCUCACCUCCCGUGGAGGAUGCUCACCUACAAGGCUCUCAAUACCUUUAUUGAUGACCUGUUUGCCUUUGUGAUCAAGAUGCCCAUGAUGUACAGGAUAGGAUGCCUUAGAGACGACGUGGUGUUCUUCAUCUACCUUUACCAGCGCUGGAUCUACCGGGUCGAUCCCAACAGAGUGAAUGAAUUCGGCACCAGCGGAGUGGACCACGCCCCGAACAACACCUCAGAGACCACGCCCGCUGUCACAGACAAACCAGAGGGGGAGAAAAAGAACGAUUAAACACGGCCCCACACUUAUCUUCUCCCGUGGCGCCGACCGCCAGGGCGAAGAGGACUUGUGGAAGUUAGUGCAGGGAGCGGAGUGGUCGUUUAGCCGUUUAAUGGACGCCCCUACAGGAAAAAAAAAAAAAAAAAAAAAAAAAGUUGCAGUUUAACUGUUCCCUCUGAUCUCUUUGUGGAUCCACAGAGAGUCCUAUUCAGUGUAGAUUUGGUAAAUUCUCAUUUCUGUUCCACCACCCUUCCCUGCCCUCUCGUUUUGCAGUUCAAGUGAAGUAAUACAAAACGUGACGUACUGUAUUCUGUAAGAUUUCUUUCCGGAGGGCGACGAUGUGUUCGGCUAGAUGUCGGAAGGGGAACAGUUGCCAGUUUUUCCUCCAUUUUACUUUUUAAACAGGGAAGAAAGAGGCCAAGUGCAACUUUUCUUUGUGUCGAUUCCUUGUGAAUUUUUUUUUUUCUUUUCAUUCCAUGUGAGCGCCGUGUUUCGGGUUUGCCUAGAAACUUGCGUGUAGUGCUGGAGGAAACUGGAACAGUCCUGAGCCACGAUGGAGGACGAGACGUGGUGACUGGAGACACGACGGACGACCCUGCGGGGCGCGCUGCCCGCCAGACAAUGACUACUACACUCAAUUUUAAAAAUGGUUAAUGUUCUAGACUUGAACACAGAGGGAAAAAAAGUAACAGCCUUGUUGGUAUUAAUAUAAGAUAUUGAUAAUAUUGAUGACUUAAUCUUGUUUUGCAGUCACUGAAACAUUCUUUUGUAUCUCCUUUAAACUGUACAGACUUAUGUUAAUAAUUAAUGUCCAAAAUAUUCAGAAACCAAUGAGUUGGAAGCCUGAUUUUUAUGUGUCCCAUCAGCCUGAUGUCUUGAUUUAUAAUUUUUUUUUUUCAUUAAUCUUCACCAAAUCACCACAGCAGGUAGGAAACCAGGAAACAUCAGAUACGUUCUAACAGAAUUACAGUCUCUCUUUCUUUCUUUUUUUUAAAGCUCUGUAAAUCAAAAGAGAAGGGUUCCAUGUUGGUGCAUAUUACAUUUUUUGAGCAUCCAUGUUUAUAGUAAAGACUUAAGUGUGAUUUGAAAUGUCUAUGCAACGCUUUGUUUUUCAGAUUUUACUUCUAAUUUUGUGUUCAAGACCUUUUUUUUUCUUGCAUGGAACUGCCUUUUAUUAGUUUCUAAUGAUAUUGAGGGAUAUAUAAUUUGUGUAUUUUAAAAACAUCCACAUUAUGAGCCAGUUUUUAAUCCUCUUCUCUAAAUCCCUUAUGAUUCUGGUAUGUCUGCAGAACGACGGCAACCAGCAUUCAGUUUCCUGCAGCCUAAAGAUGACGGCUAAUAGACAUUCUGUUUGCAAAUAAAAUAUUAAAUGUUUAGAAAAAUC